AUGCUGUUAUGGUCAUGCAGCACUCGAUUCAGGGCGCCGCCCGCACUUCUCUCUGGUGGCCCGCGCACACUUGCACGCAUUGCUGCGAUGCCGUCGGGUAUCGCAGGUGCUGUUUUCGCCGCCGCCGCCGCCAUGGUGCCCGCUCUGGCGCACGCCUCAGCUGCGCUGGUGCCGUGGGAGUUUGUGGCGAGGCCCGACUCGGCGCAGCCUUCCAGGGGUGUGCCUCGCCAAGGGGCCUUCAAGCGCUCGCGGGGCCGGCGACUGCAGGCGGAGGGGUCAAAACCCGCACGGCACCUGUACUUUGCCGAUGAGGGCGACCAGCGCUUCCGUUACGAGUACGCGGGCCGCUGCUUGGCCGAGCAGAUCCUCAACGUCGAUGCGGAGCUCGCUGUCGUUGGCUUCGCCUGCGGGGUGCCCCGGGGCAAGAGCGAGGGGGUGCUGCAGCUUCGCUGGCGUGCAGAUGCCGUGCCGGGCGACAAUGGCAGCGUGGGCAGGCCAAAGCCGCGGCCAAGGCUGCAGGCUGGCGACGCUGUGACCGGCGGAUCUGGGUGGCGGUGCGGCCCGAGAGUCGAUGGGGGGAUGUUGUUUGAGGUUCUCCGGGUCGACAAGCACGCGACGCAUGCAGAUCCAGUAACCAGUCUGGUUGUGCGUGCUGCUUCGCCGUUCCGUUUCUUCCACGACGUGUUCAUUGAGUUCGAGUGGUCGGGCAUCGGUCGCAGACUGCACGACUACAACUACACACAUCAAUUGCCCAAGUUGCUGUUUAACAAAGACGAUGACGGGGCGAUAAUCGAGAGGUCGUUUGACAAUGGCGUUUUUCGGUGCGAUGAUUGUUUCGCUGAGCUGCAGCCUCUUCUUACGUUUCGGCUCGAAACGAACGGUGCCAUCCCGCAAGCGUUGAGCCUUCGAGUUGAUGGCCCACUCGACAUUAGUAUGUCUGUCGGUCUUGCCCCGGAGAUGCAAGCCUCAGUGUCUGACGGAUGGGCGCGCAUUGAAGAGCACCUCGGGCCAGAGCUGAUCGCACUCGCCCUCACGGCCGUGGUUGGCACUGCAUCGGGCGGCUCCACGGCCGCAUACUCGCCCGCACUUCUGCCGCUCUUUGCUGAGGUCACCGACCAGCUGAACAUUGAAUUGCUUCCCGUCUUGGGUAUGGAGUCUCUGAGUUUCGCUGGUGGGAAUCUAUCCAUGGACGACACUAUCAGCGUGCAGCUAUCUGCAAAGGCUGCCGACACCUACUUCGAGAUUAGUUGGAGCAGGUCCGACGGCCUCACUUCCGCAGCGGCUUUCGACUACGACCUGACAGCCGACUAUCCUGGCGACAUCCUCACCCCAAAUAUCACUGCAGGUGCGCGUGCGUGCUUGGGUUUGAAGCUGAUGGCGUUGUCUGCAGACACUCCGCUCGCACAGCCAGAGGUUUGCCCCGAAAUGAAAAUCUUCGCGGUGAAGCAAGACAUCGAAGCGGUACCAGUGUUUCCCGAAGACAUCGAGACCACUUCAGAUUCAGCUGACACAUUGUUGUGCUUCACAUUCCAAAGUUUCAGUACGGACUUGGACCUUGACGUUGGCUAUGAUGAUCCUUACGCAGAGGCGUGCUUUCUCGGCAAGUGCGUCGCCUCAACCCCGGACGCCUGGUUUCAGGGAGACACGGUGACAUGGUCCGACGGUCCUCUUUGUUUGGAAGUGCGCAGGACUUCGGUCGAGCAGGUCCCGAUAUACCUGGGUGCGCACGAGGACGACCUCCUCUACAGCGAGCAGUACUCGGAACCCUUCCCUAUCUCGCUGGCCGAAGCGUGCCCUAGCCUGUGGACAGCCGAGGUUGGUUGUAGCCUCCUCGAGAGCCUGCCCGUGAAGGACGGCGGCACGUACGCGACGCUCCGAGUGACCGUCGCCGUGACGAGCUUGAGGCGCUUGUCUGGCGCUGCAGCGCCGUGCCUCGGCAUAGCCAUCGGCGUGAGCUUGGGCGUGGGGGGCAGCUUCGGCGGGUUUGACUACCCGAGCUACUUCCACACGGGCGCGGGCGACAAGGUGCAGCCCGCCGGCCUCCUGCCGAGCGCCCGUCCCUCGGCCCCCCGCGGCGUCUGCCGGGGGCUGCGGCGCUGGCGGCGCUGUCCUGAGCCCGGUUCCCACCUUGGAGCCGGCUGGGGGUGCGGUGACCCAGCCCCGGGGCCUCGGCAAGCCAGAGGUGGGGCCCGGUUCGAGGCGCUGGGCUCGGCAGGAUUUGCUGUCUUUAGGCCUCCCGGG